CAAGAAUCGGCUCUUCACUGCUCCAUGCCACGACUUCAUCCCCGUCUCUUGCAUAGAGCUCGUAGACAGGAUCCAUUGCUGCCGCUUGUGCUGCGGGGUACACGUGAUCUCGCAUCAGCAGAGAACGAGUUGCGAUGGUUGAAAGAGUUUGUCACUGAGCAGCAGAAAAAAUUCCAGAGCAUUCAAUCCUGGGCCUCGCAACAGAAUCUUCGACGACUUUGUCUCAAAAGGGCCCGCGGAAAGCCUCUACAAUACAUAAUAGGCACUGAAUAUUUUGGCGACCUGGAGAUUGCCUGUGAGCCAGGUGUUCUGAUACCAAGGCAAGAAACGGCCGCUUCUGUGACACAUCUCGUGAAACGACUUCACAACAGCGGAGCACUGCCUGAUCAUCUGAAAAUACUGGACCUAUGCACAGGAACUGGAUGUAUACCAUUACUGGCAAGCUACGAAUUCAUGCAAAAGUAUAGCAGAAAGACUGGGCUGCAAGUACUCGGAGUCGACGUAUCCCCACUUGCGUUGGAUUUGGCCAAUCGCAACUUGCAACGACUAUGUCAAGAUGGAGAACUACACUUCAUACCUCCUCGGACGUGUCUGCAUUUUCUUCAGGGAGAUGUCCUUGCCGCAGACGAUCAUAAGGGAGAUAUACCACCGCUGACGACUGCAUUGCAUCGUCAUGAAGGCGCUUCGGGUCAUCACAAUCCCGGUAGUCAAUGGGAUAUCUUGAUUUCGAAUCCGCCCUACAUCUCUCCACAAGCUUUCAAGCACACCACAACUCGAUCUGUCAAGAGAUAUGAGCCAAAGCUAGCGCUGGUGCCAAAUAGCUUGGACGCAAAGACGCACGCGGACAAUGAGAUUGGAGAUGUCUUCUACCCUCGCCUCCUGGACAUUGCGAAGCAAGUUGAAGCCAAAGUCGUGCUUUUCGAAGUUGCAGACCUUGAGCAAGCAAGUCGAGUGGCAGCAAUGGCACACAAGCAGGCAAUUUGGACUGGAAUUGAGAUCUGGCGGGAUGAUCCAGCUCAUCGAACAAGUUCUGAGGAUACCACCACACCGACUGGCGUCAAGAUAUUAGGCACAGGUAACGGCCGCUCAGUACUUUUGUAUCGAGGCGAUGCGGAAAUCUGGCUGCGUGAUCCUGAGAAAUGAAAAUCUGAGACCACUCCAAUUGCAAGGUACUUAUGCUCGCUCCCGACCGACCGGAGGAUUGCCCCUCGAAUAGCAUAAAAUUCUAAAUGCCGCAUGACCGCAGAUCCAAUUGAGCAGUUCUUCGCAGCAGAUUGUAAUUUAUACUUCCCCAAUCGCUCCCUGCCUUCUACAGAUUUACAUCACACACACACACCGAUCACAAACAUGCGUACCUCAGGAAAUGACAGCGCUGCCAUCACGAAAGACGAAUACCUGUCUCUGCCAUCAGUGCAAGACUCACAACAAACUUCACAAAGACAGCGCCAACUAAAUCUCGAAAGACCCA